AUGGCUUCCCCUCUUACCAACCUAUACUUCAUCUGUCUCAUCGCUUUCGUUUUCCGGUAUGCCCAUGGCAAUGCCGUAGGGCUUCACGAGUUCGACGUCCUGGGUUCCUGGAGCAACUACAGCUGCUCUUCCGGCGGGAACAUCACCCGCGGCUUGCCGAUAAUCCAUCGGCUAAGCCCUUGUGCUCCCCAGAAGCUGCGUCUCAACUUCACCAGCGAGCUCGACCGGCAUUACCUUGACGAUAAGUUGACGCUUGGAACUGACUCCAGACUUUCCCGAGAGCGCAACUACCUCGUCGUCAUUGGGCUGGGCACUCCCAAAAAGGAUUUUCACGUGAUGUUCGACACCGGCAGCAGCCUUACUUGGGUCCAGUGCGAGCCUUGCAGGAAGUGCUACGACCAAGCAGGUCCUCCACGUACCGUGCGAUACCUUUCGCCUCCCAACCUUGCCGCGACCUUCCGUACCGUAGCGGCUGGACCCGACAAGUAG